ACCAUAAAAAAGUCCUCUGUGCCAGGGAAGCAACGGAGCGCCAAGACCCCGCCCCCGCGCAGGCCCGCACCCAGAGUUUACGCCGCCGUUUACGACAGGCCGGAAAGGAGUGGCUGCAGGCAGCACCAGCCUGAGUGGGGCCACCAUGGGGAAAAUCGCGCUGCAGCUCAAAGCCACGCUGGAGAACGUCACCCACCUCCGGCCUGUGGGUGAGGACUUCCGGUGGUACCUGAAGAUGAAAUGUGGCAACUGUGGUGAGAUUUCAGACAAGUGGCAAUACAUCCGGCUGAUGGACAAUGUGGCACUGAAGGGAGGCCGUGGCAGUGCCUCUAUGGUCCAGAAGUGCAAGCUGUGCGCAAGGGAAAACUCCAUCGAGAUACUGAGCAGCACCAUCAAAUCUUACAAUGCUGAAGACAACGAGAAGUUCAAGACGAUAGUGGAAUUUGAGUGCCGGGGCCUUGAACCAGUUGAUUUCCAGCCCCAGGCCGGGUUUGCUGCUGAGGGUGUGGAAUCGGGGACAGUCUUCAGUGACAUUAAUCUGCAGGAGAAGGACUGGACUGACUAUGACGAAAAGGCUCAGGAGUCUGUGGGAAUCUACGAGGUCACCCACCAGUUUGUGAAGUGCUGAACCCUCUUCCUGCACACUUGCCUCUAAGAACUGAGAAGGGACAAUGUGCCCCAAGCAGCAGAGCCCACUGAGGCUGGUUCCCUUAUCCCUCGUUUCCUGGCCGUUCUCCAAGCCCUCACAGUGUGCAUGCCAGGCUCUAUCACAGCUUCCCAAGCCCUGCCAAUAAAGCCCCUGUUUGUGCUGCAUUUGUGCAUGAAGGGAGAGUCAGGUAGCAGCCACCCUCUCUACAAAUAAGAAUUCAUGUUGGAGGUCUUUGCUUCCUGGCACCUGCCCACAGUAUAGAAUCUUACGCCUGAUCCAAUUUGCAAAAUAUGCAGGAGCACACAGCUCCUGAGGGAUCUCCAGCUCUUGGGGAAUGGGCAGGUCAACCCAGAGGCCCCAAGGUGUCAAAGGGCAGCUGAGCCUGUGGAAUGAUGCCAUGAGCCCAAAAGUCCUAAGCCAAAACACUGCAUUGACCAGCUUGGCUCUCAAGUAAACCCAAGUAUCUGUUAGCUGGUAUCACUUCAUAUUCCAGAGCUAAGAGGGACUUCAGAGACCAGCAGUCCAGUCCUGGCAUGAAUCUGCUCUACAGAACUCCAUCCAGAUGGUCCUCAGCUCUCUGCUCACUUGCUGUGAUGGGAGACUCCCCUCCAUCAGAGAAGUCACUAUGAAAGUUCAUCCUUAUGUUAAGUCAGUGUCUGCUCCCUGUAUCUCCUCCUGCUAGUCCUGGUUUGUCCUCGUUGUGGCCACACUUCUGUAUUCUGUGCGCCCUGAUCAGCCCUUUGGAGAUGUGGAGACAGCACUCACAGCCCUCUAAGUCUCUUGGGCCUGGUUCCUUGGGACUGAAGGUCCUACACACAGUGGACAGAGUUGUUCAGUGCAGUCAGGACAUGAGGGCAUGCUCACACCUUCACAUUGGUGAAUCCACCACUUGGAAAACGUGUUAUGAGUCUCUCCAGUGUUCUGCUGGAGCCUGGAAUUCUUCAGUAUCUUCAUUUUCUGAGUGGCCCACUGGGAAAGGGUCUGCCCACUCCCAGGCUAGUAGUAGGGCACUAGGAAGGGGAUCCUCAGAUCUCAGGUAAAGCUGGCCGUGUCCAGGGGUGAUGAAGAGGCCUCUGCAGUCUGGCAGCCAUGCCGUGUUUCCUCUAGGUCUCCUGUGUUCCCGGCCCCUGGACCUGCUCUUUUCUGUACCUAACAGAGCAGAGCUGCUUUGGCCCUCCCUCAGCCAACAGGUCUACCAGCGCCUACCCCCACCUCCCCCGACCCAACUGAGUGCAGGCCACUGUCCAGCCUGGAAGCAAAUAUGUGGAAGCAUUAGGCUGGGUAAGCAGCCUUUCUGGUCUUUAGUCUCUGUACCAGUCAGUGUGUGUUAACCUCAUAAAGAAAACACUGAAAGGGUCUAAAGGUUUUCUUUAUAUUUUAAAUUAUUUUCUCAUCUUUCAGGAGGUAGGGGAACCCAAAUAAUCAUUAACAGAUUAAAGGAAAAAUAAAAUAGAUUAUAACAAUAGAGGCAGAAAAAGUAUUCAGUUAAAUUCAACAACAAAAACAACAAACCAUAGAAACUCUUAGCAAACUAGUAAUAGAAAGAAACUACCCUAACCUUAGAAAGGACAUCAACAGAAAACCUAGAGCAAAUGAAAUGUCUGCAGUAUUCCACUGAAGAUCAGGGCAAGCUGAGGAUAUCCUCGAUACUGUGCUGGAGGACCCACCCAGCUGUGGUAAGAAGAGAAAGUAAGGCAAAAGGAUUGCAAAGAAAGAAACAACUCAUUUUUCACAGAUUAUGACUUUCCGCUCAGAAAAUCCAAAAGCAUUAAUAAGUGCUGGACUUAAGAUCAAUAUACAGAAAUCAAAUGCAUUCCAGUACACUGCAAUGUGCAAAAUACAAUUCAAGAAAAAGUACCAUUUAUAAUAGCAACGAGAAACCCCCCAAAGUAACUAGGAAUGAAGUCUAUCAAAGAUGUUCAACACUUUAAUGGGAAAUUAUUAAAUUUUGCUGAAAGGUGUUGAAGAAAGCCUAAAUUAAUGAAGACCUAUACUAUAUUGAUAGCUAGGAAGACUGCAUAUUGUAAAGAUCAUUUUCAACAAAUGUAUUUAUAAAAUUCUUAUUGAAAUCUGAACUUUUUAAAACAGACCUUAAGUUGAUUCUGAAAUCUAUAUGAUAGAACACAGGUGGGAGACUUCCUCUACCGGAUACCAUGAUGUAUUUAUAAAGCAGUGGCAGUUAGGCCAGCAUGGUCACGCCACUGUGAUACACAAAUAGACCCAUGUAUGUAUGCAUGAAAAUGUUAAUGACAGGUGGUAGUGCAAAUCAGUGGGGAAAUUAUCAACUCAUCAAGAAACGGUGCUGGGGCAACUGUUUAACUUUGUGCAAUAAAGUAACAUUCGAACCCUA